AUGGGGAAGGGCGGCCGGAGCUUGGGUCGCCCGACCCGGUCGCUCCUCGACCGGAUCUGGCCGGAGCUGCGGAGGAAGAGGCGGCGAGGCGGAGGCGACUCCGGCGAGGGCCGCGGGCCACAGAGCCGGCCGACGAAGCGGGCGACGGCGGCGGCGCUAGGGCGGCGCGGAGAGCGAGCAAGGCGGCAGGGAGCGGACGCGGCGGCGGCGCUAGGAGGCGCGGGCGGCGAGGCGCGGUCGGGCCACGGGGGCGGAGCGCGGGCCUGGCGGGCUUUGGCGGCGGCGACGGUGGAGCGCCAUGUGGCGGCGUCUGAGUGGAUGAAAAGGACUUGGAGAAAUUUAUCCCUCGUGAAACGGAUCUUGGGUUUGGUGGCACGGUUCCCGAGGUUCACCGAAAGGUCACCGGAGGCGUCGCCGGAGAUGGGGAAGGGCGGCCGGAGCUUGGGUCGCCGGAUCCGAUCGCUCCUCGACCGGAUCUGGCCGGAGCUAGGGAGGAAGAGGCGGGGAGGCGAAGACUGGACUAUUUUGUUACCCCAAACAAAAUAUUAUUCUGUUACCCUCGCAGGCGCGUCCAUUUUCUUCCUCCUGCGGCCGCCCGAACCCACCUCCGCCCAGCGCGCGGCCCCGAACCCACCUCCACCCAGCGCGCCGCCGCCCGGAUCCCACCGCCACCCUGCGUGCCGCUGGCCCUAUCCUCCUCCUCCCAGGCACCUCCGCCACGAUCCCCCUCCUCCUAGUGUGCCUCCCGUCACCGCCCCCCGCCCCCAACUUGCCCUCGUGCAAGCCACCGCCGGCCACCUUCCUCCGGUGGUCAGUCCAGCUCCUGCAACCAACACAGGUCGUUACCCCCUUUGCCACAACGGCAGGAGCACAAAUACCAGUGUGGCCGUCCUCAACCAGUUCCUUCACGCGGCCUCCGCGCAAGCCCUGCUCAUAUUAUACACUAUACACAUGAUACUUUUACUGGGACCAGAGUAUUACUUCCAGGAUCCAAAAGGUGAAAAGAUCCCUGCAGAUCUCUGCAGUCUCUCAAGUUUAUUUCAUUCUUAUUCGUCCAGGAAGCAUGACAAGCACCACAAAAGGGCUCUCCCUCCCUUGGCUCCUUGCAUUCCCUUCUCCUUGCAGACCAGGCCGGGCGCUGGGCCAACCACUUCGUCUGUCUACCUCCUUCCCCGAGAAGUUACCCUGUUGCGGGCUGACCUGGAGGCGGCUCCUCCACAUCGACACAAUUGCACGACCAACGUGCUACUGACCACGCAAGCUUCCUCAAGGAGCUCGUGCCCAACGAUACUGAAAGGAAAAACUGCUCCAGUUUUGAACUUCUUAUCCAGUCAUGUUAUUACUAAGUGAAAAAUGGAAAGAAAGUGUAUUGCAAUUGAUCUCUCUUAGACCCUGUCAAUCCUCUAUUUAUCCUUUGUUUGCUUGUUUUUUGGCCUGUAAUUCAAGAACUUUGACCUUCAUAAUUCGGUUUUUGGUUAA